UAUUGUGGUGCUGGUGUGUUGCAGUUCACAUCCAGCCUCUUCUGCCACCACACCUCAUCACAAUGCCUCAUCGCCUCUGCUCUGUUGAGAUUAAAAACAACUCUGGCUGCUACACUCUCGCCAACCCAAGGGUGUUCACUGAGAGCAGCCACUGUGAGGUCUCUCUGCCACCGAUGGUGGGUCCCUACUCCCCUGCCAGCGCAUUGUUCAAUAAGCACAUGGGCAGUGCGACCGGGGCUGUCGGCGUCUUCACCUAUGACCUUUUCAACCCCAACCUCAACGACUACAGCCACGUCAUGGCCAUCAUGCUCUCUGUGCCCUAUGACCGAAACCUCUACUCCAACCGGUUUGCUGUGGGGAUCCUUGACAGAGGAUACAUCUGUGACUACGAUCUUUAUGAUAUGAUGUAUAAUGGAUAUGAAAAUUUUGUAAGAGCAAGGGCUGAUGGCUCCUGCAUUUCUUUUCAGGGUGGUUAUGCUAUUGUCAAUGCUUCCAUGUCAGACUCAUGUGAAGCAGUCCUGAGGGUGGAUAUCUGUGACGCUGGCAUGUAUUAAGUCAGAAGGAGGAAGAUCCUACUCUUAUGUAAGCCAUAUGAACUGAUUAGUCAUUUUAAUAAAAUCUUUCAGUAGGUGUGAAGCUCAA